AUGGCGAUGGUCUUCUCGGCAGAACAGGUGGCGUGUAUGUGCGAGGUCCUUCUGCAGAGCGGACGCAUGGAGCGCUUGACUGACUUCCUCCGUACUCUUCCUCCCUCUUCCUCCUCUUGCCUGGGGGGUCUAGAGAGCAUCCUGAAGGCGCGGGCUGCCGUGGCUUUCCAUCUGGGGCGCUUCUCGGACCUCUACACUCUCCUGGAGGGCUUCCCCUUCUCCAAUUGCAGCCACCCCCUGCUGCAGCAGCUCUGGCUGAGGGCCCACUACCUGGAGGCCGAGUGCCAGAGAGGGCGCCCCCUUGGGGCUGUGGGGAAGUACCGCGUACGCCGUAAAUUUCCCCUACCAAGAACCAUCUGGGAUGGAGAGGAGACAAGCUACUGCUUCAAGGUACAGUGAAUUAAAUCUACUAGGUUUGUUUGAGUUGAUAUUAAUACUAUAUUUAAUAUUAUACUGCCUCAGAGCAUUUUUGCUUCUUGUAAAACAAAAUGUCCCUAGGGCCCUGGUCCAUGAUGAAGCUGUCUAUAAUGUAUUAGGUGUCACAUCUGAGUUUAGAAUAGACAGAAAAGAUGAGGAUAGAAAGGCCCUUGUGGAGUCCAAGAUGGGGUAUGUCAAGACAAAAGUGACUUUCUACCUGGAUCUCAACAGUCUAAAGUGUCUUACUCCGUCUGCUUCAAAUGCACUGAACACCUGUCUUCACAGGACCGGUCAAAGCAAUAUGAUGGAUGUAAACUCCCUCACAUCAGUGCAGAUGAAGGACAGGAAAUGAGGAGCAGAGGCCUCUUACUGCUACCAUGAACUUUAAAUCAUUAACCUACUUGUUUCAUAAAUCUAAGGUUAAUGUUCCUCUUUACAGGAGAAAUCCCGGAGUGUGCUGCGGGAUUGGUAUUACCGUAAACCCUACCCUUCACCACGUGAGAAACGAGCGCUUGCGGCCGCCACCGGUCUCACAGCCACCCAGGUGAGCAACUGGUUCAAGAACAGACGGCAACGGGACCGAGCAGCUCACGGUACUACCGGGUGAGUCUUCACUUUCUCUGCUCUCCUAAUACGUUUAAUGAGAAAUAGUUCUAAAGGAGUUUUUAAAUGUUCAUCCCGCCUGUAAUUUCUAUAGUUUGUCUGGCAGUCAAUCACCCGUUUAUGCUUUAGAACUGCACUACAUCUCAUCUUGCUAACAGCUUUGCAAUGGACUACCACUGCCCUCUUCUGGCACAGCCAGGGAACUGACAUGUGCCCUCUCCUCUCAGGGAACAGGAAGGUCGUGGACCACCUCUCGACUCCAACAGAACCCCAGGAGCAGCAUACCCAAAGGCCUACCCCUCCUCUGACAAUGGACUUUCACCUCCAGGCAGCCCCAGUCCCCUCUUCUCCUGCCCCUCACAGCCCCCACCUCUAAGCCAUAUGGGUGGGGGACAACUCUGA